CGGUAAACAUCCCACGCUUCCGAGGCUGACGUCGAGGCCCUCGCGCCGGAACCCGGAAGUGGUGGCGGAAAAGAAAAGAGGUGGUGCAGAAGACACGGUCAGACGCCACGAGGGUUCUGGUAGCCGGCUCAAGGUUGACUCAGCCUUCUAUCCUUCUGAGGCCAUAACUUCUAGUAUCAAGAACUGAAGCAACUUUUCACGUAAACAUAUUUUGAUUACACAUGAAGUUCCUGAUUUUAAAGUGGCACGACUGCAAUGAAGAAAAGAAGAAAGUUCACUGCAAAUCUAGAUGACAAGGAAUCUCCUAAUAAGAUUCUUGCAGCAGCCUGUGAACAAGAAACUGUUGUUGAUUCUGCAGGGGAUGCUGCUGCUGCUGCUGAGCUUGCAUGUUCCAAAGAACUUCCUCCAUCGCAAGGUCAAAGAGAGCUUUUGAGUUCUGUACAAUAUAACAGAAAUCUACUCAAAUACUUAAAUGAUGAUCGUCAGAAGCAGCCGUCUUUUUGUGAUCUGCUUAUAAUUGUUGAUGGAAAAGAAUUCAGAGCGCACAAAGUAGUUGUUGCUGUUGGAAGUAGUUAUUUUCAUGCUUACUUGAGCAAAAAUCCAAGGACGGAUGUCAUUACCUUGGAUCAUGUAACUCAUUCAGUAUUCCGCCAUCUCCUUGAGUUUCUGUACACAUCAGAGUUUUUUGUGUAUAAAAAGGAAAUCCCCUUAGUUUUAGAGGCAGCCAAGUUUUUAGAUAUUAUUGAUGCGGUUAAACUGCUAAAUGGUGAAAAUGUUUCUAGUUCACAGUCUGAGGAGAGAACUGGGAGCUCAUCACAGGUAGAAACAUCCAAUGAAGUGACUCAUAAAGUUGCAAGCAAUCACCAGUGUGCUUUGUGCAAUCGAAACUUUUGUUACAAGAAGUCCUUAGAAAAUCACUUGUCUAGAGCCCACAGAUCCCUUACCCAAGAAAAAGAAGAUGGCCUAAAAAUGGUUGAGAGGGCAGAUAUUUCUACUAGAAGAUCAAUGCGAAAUCGCAAGUGUCCAGCUAAGUUUGAACAGAGUGACAGUGAAAGUGGGGAAGUGUCUGAUAACAAUCUUGAUAGAGAUGUUCCUAGCAAAGAAAACAGUGAAUCUGAAGACAGCGGGAGCGAGUAUAAUACUGAUGAUGGCAGGCAAGAAGACACGUCUGGUGAUGAUUCUGGGGAUGAAGAGCAAAGUGAAAAAGAACAUGAAGAAGAUAGUCAAGAACCAAAUUACAGGACAAGAAAUAUUCCUAAGAGUGCUCUGUCAACAUAUAUUCCAGUCAUCAUGCAGAACAGUAGCAAAAAAUGUUUGCAGUGUCCUAAGUGUGAUAAAACAUUUGAUCGAGCAGGGAAAUAUGAGAGCCAUACUCGUGUGCAUACCGGUGAGAAGCCUUUUGAGUGUGACAUCUGUCAUCAGCGCUAUUCAACCAAAUCCAACUUAACAGUUCACAGAAAGAAACACAAUAAUGGAAUAGAAUUUCAUAAAAAAGAACACAAAUGUUUAUACUGUAACAAACUGCAUGCCACCAAAAAGACUUUGCUUAAACAUGUGAAAAGAUUCCAUCCUGAAAAUGCACAAGAAUUUUUCUCCAUCAAGAAAAAGAAGAGUGAAGGCUGGAAAUGUGAUAUUUGCAGUAAAUCGUUCACUCGAAGGCCUCAUUUGAAAGAACACAUGAUUCUUCACACUCAGAAUAAGCCUUUCAAGUGUACCUAUUGUGAAGAGCACUUUAAAUCUCGCUUUGCUAGACUGAAGCAUCAAGAAAAGUUCCAUCUUGGACCAUUUCCAUGUGAUAUUUGCGGUCGUCAGUUUAAUGACACUGGAAAUCUAAAACGCCAUAUUGAAUGUACUCAUGGUGGAAAGAGAAAAUGGACCUGUUUUAUUUGUGGGAAAUCAGUAAGAGAAAGAACAACUUUGAAAGAGCACUUGAGAAUCCACAGUGGAGAGAAGCCUCAUCUGUGUAGUAUUUGUGGGCAGAGUUUUCGUCAUGGGAGUUCAUACAGGCUUCAUCUAAGAGUCCACCAUGAUGACAAAAGGUAUGAAUGUGAAGAAUGUGGGAAGACAUUUAUUCGACAUGACCAUCUGACAAAGCACAAGAAGAUACACUCAGGGGAAAAGGCACAUCAGUGUGAAGAAUGUGGGAAAUGUUUUGGUCGAAGAGAUCACCUCUCUGUUCAUUAUAAAAGUGUUCAUCUAGGUGAAAAGGUGUGGCAAAAAUACAAAGCAACAUUUCAUCAGUGUGAAGUCUGCAAGAAAGUCUUUAAGGGGAAAUCAAGCUUGGACAUGCAUUUUAGGACACAUUCAGGUGAGAAACCAUAUAAAUGUCAAAUCUGCAACCAGUCCUUCAGGAUUAAGAAGACAUUAACUAAACACAUGGUUAUUCACUCAGACGCUCGCCCUUUCAAUUGUCAAUAUUGCAAUGCAACAUUUAAACGUAAGGACAAGUUGAAAUAUCAUACUGAUCAUGUGCAUGGAGGAAAAUCCACAGAAGAAUCACCGAGCCCUUUACCAGAAGAAAAAACAGUCUCUGUACCAGCACAGUACACACCUGAUGACAAGACCUUCCAAAGUGAGGCUAAACCAUUCAUGGAACAGACCAAGGUUUAUCAAGCCGAAACCAAAAGCAUGGUACAGAAUGUACCCUCGGAUGUAUGUAUACCAGUGACACUGGUACCAGUUCAGCUCCAGGAUGCACAAACUGAUCUUGUACAGCAUGCUGCCUCACUCACACCCCCACCUCCCAAUAUUCUUCCUCCACAGGCCCCUCCAAGUGAUUAUCAGCGAACAACAGAUCUGGCUUUUCUAGAAAAAUAUACACUCACCCCACAGCCAGCAAACAUAGUUCAUCCAGUCAGACCUGAGCAAAUGUUGGAUCCCAGAGAGCCAUCGUACCUUGGGACACUACUGGGUUUGGAUGCAGCCCCAGCAGUGCAGAGUAUUUCAAGUAAUGACCAUUCAUGAUAAUGGGACUAUUGCAUUCCCCUAGUCUUAGUAACAUUUAGCUGUGGGCUAACAUCUCUGUUAGUAUUUUCCUUAGCCUCUUCAGGUUUCUGAGAGCACUCAGCAUAAAGGAAAGCAAGCUUUUUAUGCAAUGGUGGAGUGUUCAGCAUUUUAAUACAUACUCAGAGUAUGUCGAUCAUGUUUCUUUUAAAAAAUAUAGAGAUAUUUUAAAGACUUCAAAUCUCUUUCAAAAGGUACUGGUUUGGGGAAAUCUGAAUUUUCUGUUCAUUAUUAAUACUAACUCUUCCCUCUGAGCAUUUAAUGUUUCUCAUUCACUUUUCUUAUAGUAAAUAUAAGAAGCCAUUCAUGCUGAUCUUUACAUUGGAGUGUAUCUUUAGCCCAAACAAAUACUGUGUUUAAUUUAUGGAAUUAUUUGUAUCUUGGUGUCAGAACCUGAAAAAGUAGACACAGCCUACUUACUAUCUUGUUCUGUUUUCAAAAGGAACACUACUGUUGACAUCAGCGGGAACAGGAUUGCAUUUAAAAUCAAUAACUAAUGUAAUCAUCGUUUACUUCCUUGCUUGUUUUAGAGGACCUUGAACAAUGUGGAGAAUCCUGUCCUCAAGGUAGUAACUGAUGUCAUAGUUUAACCCUGUAUAAAGGCAGACUCAAGUGGAAACAUUAAUUUAUAUGCUUCUUUUAUUAUGGAUUAGCUGCAUAGAACCACUUGAGGAGCAGACCUUUUCUACAUCUCCUUGAUGCCAUCAGAAAAGCCGCUCCUAAGAAUUUAGGAAAUCUGUGGAAUAGUGGUGGAUGCACAGUGGUGGUGCAGCCUGUGGGGAAAUUCUGCAGAAAAACUGGACUCCUUCGACAAACAGAAGCACCCACUACUUCACCCAAGGGCUACUUUGGAUCCAACCCUCCAUCUAGAUCGUAAGAAAAUCUGGGAGACUGAUCUGUGAACACUCCAAGCCUGACUGUGUUAAAGAACAAAUUGGUGAAUUUUUUUACCAAGCAAGCAAGCCUUUAUUGGCAUAUAUAAAAUAUAAAAUUUUAAAUACAGAAACUCCAUACAAAAUUAGAUUAAAAUUACAGAUAGAAAUGGCAAAAAUUGGUGAAUUAAGAGUAUGUGAAUUAAAGUUCUGAGGCAAGAGGCUAGACUCAUUCACCAACUUGCUUGCUUCUAGCCAUAAAUCUAUGGAUGUCCAUCAUUGGAGACGGGUACAUAGUCCUUUCACAUAGACAACUUUAGAUAGGAUUUUGUCUUUAGCAGAAGGUUUAGCUUGAUGAUACAUGCUCCUUUCCAAUAGUAUUAAUUGAUUCUUGAUAGAUUGAAACACUCUUUAAAGGCUGCUCUGGCAAUACUAUUCCCCACAAUGUGAUUGGGAGCACUUCCUCCUCCCUCUGUAGUAUUUGGAGGUGUGAAUUCCAAGUCCAGUAAUCCUAUGCUUGAAUAUCAGAUACCUCAUUUUGAACAAUUGCUAGUGUGAGAAACAAAAGAGAAGGAUGUAAGCCUGAUGUUCUAGUUCUUGGCAUAGGGGAUGGGGCAGCGAAGAGGGAAGUAGCUUGUGUACAACUUCUCAGACUCUUUGAAGCAUAUGGGAUGCAACAGCUUGAAGUGUGGCUUUUGACUGCAGCCUUACAAAACCGUUCUCCUGAGAAAUUGUUCUGUAAUUGGAACCUCAAGUUGCCUUCAGUUUCCAACCUUGUGUGGACCGAGCAGGAGUUUCAAACUCAGUUUUCACAGAGGUAUCUAAAGAAAAAAAAUGUAAUGAAUUCAAAAAUAGUAGCAAUCACUCCCCUCCCCUCCCCAUCCAUAUUGUUUGGAAAAUCCCAACUCAAGUAGCCACACUUUCUAAGCAGUUCCUCAUAAAUACCUGCUUGCUUCAUGCCAAGUAUCUUUUUCACUUACAGUAUGACAUUGAUUUUCCAGAUGUCUUAGGGAAAUUGUUCUCUUUUAAAGAACUGGUUUGACUUUCUGGAUGUACUCUGCAUUCUACAUUCUGAUACUUCGUGUUAUUUGAUGGUGCAUUGUUCAGAAGGAGGAUUCAAGUGGAAGCUCUUCAUUACAUCGUUUUUUAUAGUUCAUAUGUUUAGGUUUUAAUUAUUUAUUGUUGAACUGGAAGAUAAAUAUUGGACAGUCUUUCUGAUGCUGUUUUAAGUUUUGAUGGAUACUUAAUGGUUGCUACAAGUUAGGGAAAGAAUUGGGUCCCUGUGGCUUAAAAGAUAUUUCAUCUUAGCUGUCUCUAAAUAUACCAAAGAUGCCUGUUACCUGUUAAACUGUGAGAACAUGGGGAGAGGCCAUGGCUCAGUGACAGAGUGUCUGUUUGAAAUGUCAGUCCCUGGCAUGUCCAGUUAAAAGGAUCAGGUAGGUAGGUAAUGUGUAAGACCUCUACUGGAAAUCCUGGAGAGCUGCUGCCAGUUUGAGUAGACAAUACUGACCUUGAGGGGCCAGUAGUCUGAUUCAGUAUGAGGCAGCUAUGUGUGUUCAUGGAAUUUAUUUGAAAGGAUUAUAAAAGCACAAACAAGUAAUUUAUGGCAACUUCAGAUCUUGCCAGAAUGAGAAGCUUAUGUCUGUUAUUUGUGAAAGGAAUAUUAGAACAGAUGCUCUGAGAAUGGCACUGCUGACCUGCAUGCAUGAUAGACUGGAAGAUGUAUUAUGGGCCAAUAUAACACUUCCUAUCCCUUAGAAAAAUUUCUCGUUAGUGAUUUACAACCUUAUCUGACUGAUGCUGUUCCCUCUUUCUAAGUAAAGGUGUUCAGUAGAAAAGGGGCACAUGAGCUGGAAGCGGCUUAUUUUUAUUGCUUGUAAUUAACAAUUUGUGUGUAAUUUUUAAUGACACAUUUGAUGCUAAACAAUAGCCAACUGUUGCACUUAACUCUGCAAUAUAUUUAUUCAGAAAAGGUUUCAGAUCAGAAAAUGUGUUAGCCUCUUAAAAUAAAUAGACAUCAUGACAUUAAAAUAAUUGUAAUGUUGCUGCUCCUUUACCAUUUUUAUUACAUAUAUUGCAUUAGUUGGGGUUAGGAGUGUUAUAAAAAUCUUUCUAAUGUGCCCAAGGGCUGUGUCACUCAUCCUUCUCCUAGUCUGAUAUCAUUAUCUAAAUCCCAUUAGUUUGUGCUGCUUGUAGAUUUAUUGAUUUAUUUACUUCAUUUAUACUCUGCCUUUCUCUCCAGCGGGGACACAAAGCAGCUUACAUCCUUUUCCUUUUGAAUGUUAUCCUCACCACAACCUGAGUUUAGGCUGAUGAGAGUGUAUGACUGGCCCAAGGUCAUCUAGCAAGCUUCCAUGGCAGAAUGGGGAUUCGAACAUCCAGAUCCUAGACCAGCACUUAAAUCACUACACCACACUGGCUGUCAGUGACGUGUUUGUCAGUAAAGGAGAACAAAAUUCUGAAGAUAAAGCAAUUGCCAAGUCUUAAUUGCCAAGUCUUAAUUCGCACAUGCAGUGAUGUGCUAGGUAUGUGAAAUGCAAACACAUUGGAGGCUGCUCCACAUCCUUGUUUCCCCAAAAUCCCAGAGCAAAGCAAACAAUGGAAACAGACUGGUCUGUGUGAUGAUAUACUCUUACCUUCAUGAGGAAGGUUUGCAAAUACCAUGAAAGAAUAUGCUUCAGAAUGACAUGUUAAGUAACUCUAUUGCAAAUGUGGAAUGGUGCUGAUUACAGAUGGGAAAGGCCAGUUUUAUUUCCAACAACAAAGUAAUGGAGCAAAAAACCCUAGUCUUCAUGCUGGAAUUUAAAUGUACAUUCUUAUAGUUAAGUUUUUCCUGGUAGAGGGAACUUGAGUGUCAUAACAACGUGCACUAGUUACUCAUGAGGAUCACUUACCACAUUUUUGCUAAUUUAAGAGGGCUGUAUUGCUUAUGUAAUGGCAAAAAACCACAUUUAUUACCACGUUCAUCUUUCUUUUUUAACUCAUCCUAUAACCCCUUCUUUGGGUCCCAUAAUACAUACUGUCUUAUCUGUAGCUAUGCUCUAAAUCAUUUAGAAUCCUCUGGUUAAUAUUCUCUCCUUUUUUUCCUCUUGAUUUUAUAGUAGUAUCUCUUUAAAGCAUGAUAUACUAUUCGAAUCACAGACCUAUCCUUUCUCUUUCAGUGUGGACCUCUCAGUGCAUUCCUUAUACAUCACAGGUGCCUUUAAAUUCCAUUUUUCCUCUGUAGCACUCUGUUCUGAGCUUGCUCAGCAGCCCCAUCAGUCAUACCUUUUUAUCUUUCCCCACCCAGUUGGUCUUUGCACCCCCAUUUCUUCCCCUUUUUCCUUUCAGCAUUUGGGAGGGGGUUUAGUCUCCCCCUUCCAACACUUCCUUACAGAAUUUAGUGACAUGAGCCAACAAGGCUUUCACUCUUCAGCAAUUCAUGUGCCAAGGGAGUCUGAUGCAAGCAGGUUAUGCUACAUGGCUGGUUAGCUUCAACUAGCUGGAAAAACAAGUAUCAGUUCCUCAAGGGACCUCUGAAUACAAAGAGAAAAUGAGCCUUGCAGGUUAAAUGAUGCUGGAAUUGACAUGGGCAGCCAUAGAUUUUUUUCCCCAUGAAGAUGUUGGUCUACAAACGGUGUUCUGAAUUCUCUGGGGCACACAGACAGGGAGGAGCAAUGGAGCUGAUAUUACUCAGCUUGCUCUAUGCUUUAUAUAUAUUAUUACACCUUGUUAAUACAGUUCCAAUUCGACUGACAGUUUCAUAACAUUCAAUUUGUAUUUUAUAAUGUUAAUUUUUUAAAAAACAAAAAGUUGCAUAUAAAGAAUGUUCAAAACUUUUGCUCUGGCAUGUAAAUGAUGUCUUGGUGAAGUUUGCUGAUAUUUUAAAUACGUCUCAGAUUUGAUUCCACCCCACAUACACGCUAAAACUGGGUAUUGUACAGAAUAGUAAACCUGCUGUCAAUAUACGCUUUGUGAAUCUUCUUCUGAGUGACUUUGGUGUGUACAUAGAACAUGUAAAGUUGUUUUGCCUUAAUCCUUUCUGCUGUAGAAGAGAUUGAACAAGUUUGGUUGUACAAUGAAUUGGUAUAACAACUGUGUGCAUAUCUGACUUUCAAACUGACUGAAACAUUUGUACAACUCUCGUUCUUAUAUAUUUUAAAUAUUUUGUAAAUUAAAUUUUGAAAUUAU